GUGGCCCUGUGUGCUGGGUCCCUCAGCCUCUGCCUGCCCGCUGUCUGCGGUGAGGCCUUGGGCACUUCUUAGAGGGAGGUUUUCUGUGGGCGUAUGGUCUCCCUUCGAGCCUGCCGUGUGCCCAGCUCUGAACUGGACUAAACCCCAGGGUGCUGGUUGGCAAAGCCCAAGUAGCCAUUGCUGCCCGUGGGGAGCAUAUAGUCCAGAGAAGCAGGCCUGGCACAGACUCCGGAAACCACUGGCACGCAGCGGAGGCUGGAGUUCCCCCGGGUUCCCAAGUGCGUAGAGACUGUGGGAGCUGUGUGAGGGCUUCUCUGACUGCGGUGCUUGCAGCUGUGGCGCCCCUGCCUGGGCACUGCCCCUUGGGUCCCCCUCACCUCCUGACCCCUCUCUCAUGUUAGUUCUCAGCUGCAUGGCCCUCUAGGAAGGCUUUCUGAGCCCUGCAGGCCCACUCCCCUCACCCUCAUGGUGCCGCACGCCUCCUCUCCCUGCCCUGCACGGUGUUGCCCUUGCCUUGUCCUUGUCCACCCUGUCUCUCCUGCCAGCCUGUAGGCUGCAGGAGGGCACCUCCUCUCCGGCACCUGCCACACACCUCAGAUGUGCUGAGUAAGCACCUGGAAGGUGGGGGGCCUGCAUCAGGCCCACCUCUGCCUUCAGCUGGGUGGCCUCAGCAUGUCACUCUUUGCAGCUGUGAGAUGAGUACGUCCUGUCAACAAGGACAGCUAAUGUCCCUUUGGGACCUGGCAUUCGUGAUGGUAGCAAAGUUUUGGAGCAUUGACCGUGAAUAUGUAAAGCCCUGGCUCUUGCCCAGUAAUGAUAACAGCUAAUGUUUACUGUGUUCCCAUUCCCCCAGCUGCCGGGUGAGGUGGGCGCUGUUAUUAGCCUCCUUCCAGAUGAGGAUGGUGGCGAGUCCACAGCCCAUGGUGGAAGGUGGUGGAGCCUGAUUCUGGGGGCAACAGUCUGGCCCCAGCACCCGGACCUGGCGCUGCCGCCUGGUGCUGCCAGCGCUGUGUCAGUGGCCAGCUCAUCCCCGCGGCCACUUUCCACAGCUGCAGCGGGAGCACCCGAGGCCACCGCGCCACCCCCCCUCCAGCCCCCGCAGUGCAUGCUGCCACAGGACAGGGCCCAGAGCCCUGAAACUGGGGUGGGCCAGGAGGUUUGUCCUCUUUUUCUCUCUUCCUUGCUCUUUCUCUGGGCCAUUUUCUCUCGUUCUUUUUUUCCCCUUGGUUUCUCUCUUCAGCUGUUUCUCUAUUCCUCUCUGAAUGUGUAUUUAGUGCCAGAAGCUCUCUGCGGGGCUGAGAUGCCAGUGAGCUACGAGACUCAGCCGCUCAGAUAUGGCUUCCUAAUACUGCGCAGAUUCUUGGGUGCUGUGGGGGGUGAUGAUCUCAUCACACGGGCUGGUAGGACAGAUGCCAAGAUGGAGCCAGGCGCAGUGGUGUGCCUGUAGUCCCAGCUACUGGGGGCAGAGGUAAGAGGAUCAUUUGAGCUCAGGAAUUGGACACCAGCCUGGGCAGCAUAGUGAGACCCCAUCUCUGAAAAAGAAAACAAUAUGGGUGACAGGUGUUGCAGGCAGGCAGAGCGGUCGGGGGACGACAUGAGGGAUGGGUGUGAGGCCAAGCAGGACUUCCACAGCCAGGCCUUGAAGGACAUUGCUGGGCUCUAGAAGGCACUGGGUUUCUCUACUCCAGAAUCCACAGCAGAAAAGAGGCCCUGUCCCCUGCAGUGAGCCUUCGUGGGUCUCAGGGAAUUGUCCUCCAGCCCUUGCAAACUUCCCCUCCCUGUCCUCAGCCAGGGCUCCGGCCGUAGGUUUCCUUCUGCACCUGUGUGUGUGUGAUAUCCUGGCAGGCACGUGUGCUGGGCCUAUCCCUGCUUUGUCUUCAGAUAAGUGAGCUGCACCUGGUGCAGAGAGCAUGGCGCAGAAUGGAAGGGGCCCUGCCCCCGCUGCAGCCUGCAGGCCGGCACCUGCACCUCUCCACCUGGCCUUGGCCCCAUCCCCAGUGAGGCUGGGAUACCAGGACUCCUCCCCUCUCCCCUUUCUGGCAACUCCUUCCUAUCCCCACCCUGGGCUGGGGAAGAGCUGUGAUGUCUGGAGUUUAUCUGUUGGUGCUUUGCCUCUUAGUUUUUCCAACCCUCCUACCUUGUUUCCUUCUUGGUAUCUUGUGUCAUAUAUGGGUUCUUUGUAGGUCCCAUGGAGCCAGGGACCAGGCAGAUUGCAGGCCUGAUUAUCCUAGCAAAGGUACUUUUGGAUUUUGGAGAAAGGAAAACAGAAGACAAGAAAGAAAGACAGGCGGAGCUCUGGGCAAGUCUGUUUGCCGAGACAGUCUGAGGAUGUUGGGUUUCAACAGCAAUACAACAGCCUGGGCUGGCUAUCCUCAGGGUCCAGGAGGGAGAGGCAACCGGGGCCCUGUUGUCACUAAAGCAGGCCCAGCCUUGCCUGCCAAGCGGGGCCCUGGGGGAGGGUCCGCUGCUCCUAAGCUCCAGAGUGCAAGGCCUUUCAUUCAGCUGGGCCCUGUACCUUCAGCCCAGGGGCAAAGGGGGCCUCAGCGCAGGACAGGCAGUGGGGGAUCCACUAGUCCUGGGGGCUUGCAGCCUGUCAUGCCAAGGCCCGAGUGGGGCUGGUUCAGUCCGUGCCCCUUGUCAGAGGUGGCCAGCAGGACUGCAGCUGUCCUGGGGUUUGGGCCUCACUGUUUGGCUUGUUUACCUGCCAUUUACAGACAGAGGCCUGAGACAGCUGGUAGCAGGGAGGGACUGCCUGCUGCUGCGCCCAGCCCCCAGCAAGAGGGCCUUGGACACAGGGUGCUUUGGCAGCAGAAUGAGCUCGCUUGCUCUCUCUCUGUCUCUCUCAAUUUUGUGUGCCUGCGUGCCAGAGGACACAUUCUGUCUGCAUCCCAAGAAGGUGGCCUGGUGCAGCCUUGCUGGCCCCAGCACUGUUCUGUGCUGUCCCCUCUGGGUUCUGCUUUGGAGCCAGCCCCUCAGGGACCCCCUGCCUGUGGUUCAGGCUGGAGAGAGGGGACAGGCACCGCUAACCUGCAGUGUAUCCUAGCACGGCCAGGAGCCUUGUACCCAGCGCAGCAGGGUCUAGGCUGCCACUAUGCCCUGAACAAAGAUGGGAAACAGGCAGGAGGAAACGCUACCUGCUGCCGGACUUUGGGGGGCUUAGCAGGCGAGUGCCGCUGCGGUGGGGCUUAGUGUGGGUGGAACUUUUCCAGGGCAAGAUUCAGAGCCCCACAGUCUGACUGCUAAGCAGAGGGGCAAAGUGCAGGGCAGACCAUUCUCCCCAACUCCUCGCCCCACGUACACUACAGGCCAUUCUCCCUCACUCCCCCACCCUGUGCUCUGCCCCUGCCAGAGGUUCUGGUAGAUCCCAGCUGCCCCCCACCUCUGCAGUCGUGCAACCCUAGCUGAUUCCUAGGCAGGAGUGACACCUGCGUAACCCAAGCCAGCACCCUGAAUGCUGGGAAGGGAGGGGCUGCAAGCCAGGCCUGGGAAAUAGUGUUCCUGGUCCAGAGCUGCUGCAGGCCCCAGGAAAGGGACUUCUGAGCUGCAAGGUCAUUUGGAUGUCUUCCCCACCCCCAUCACACACAUCUAAGUGGGUGGAAGUGGCGUCCCCAGCUCCCUCCCCUCCCUUUCCCUCCAUCUUCCAUGCUGGGUGAGUGUUUUUUUUUUUUUUUUUUUUUUUUUUUAAUGCUGCAGCCUCUGGCCCAGAGGAGUUUGCUGCAGAGUCAAGCCUGCUGCACAGGCCAGAGGGGGUGGGGAGGAGGAAAGGAAGAUGCGAUCUGGUACCCAGCUCCCAUGCAGCCUGACCUGGGGUGCUUCUCCUGUUCAUCCAGCCUGUGAGCCUCUGAGAGUCACAGCUACCCUGGGUACCCCGACUGGGGUCUCCUGAAGCAGCAUGAACCAUAGAAGGAGAGUCACUGUGCCAUCUUCAUCCCAGAGACGACCCUGGCUGGCCCUCAUCAUGGCGUCGGGAGGGGCUCUGCAGACAGGUGGGCCCAUGUGAUUAAUGGGCUGUGUUCAGCUGUCUGGGUCCAGCUCCCUUUUCUGUCAGGAGUGCUGGAAUCAGAACCAAGGUCUCUGGCACCUCAGAGCCGGAGCCUCUAACCACUGAGCUCCAUAGCCUCCCAAUCUGGCCAGGCCCUCAGUAGUUGGCCUCCCUGCUGGGACGCACUCAGGGCCAGGCUCUCUGCUGCCCUGGUUUCCCCUCUGUGUAGAAGGCCUGUUGUUGUUGUUGUCGUUGUUGCUGUUGUU